CCAGCUAAGAAGCUAAGCGUUUCAUGGUCAGCGGAAACCAGAGGGUAAACAGAACUCCGUCUGUGUCCAGGGCUCUCUGGGGACACCUGUCCACGCACAGCCAUUCCCACUAGAGCUCUGGUCCUGGAAAGCCGGACAGCGGGGUUGAGCUCUGUGGAAUUUGUUUAGUGAUCUGACCAUGUGAGAGACCCAGAGUAAGGGUGGGGGUGGGGGUGCCGCCCAGCCUCUGCCUCACUGACGGCCCAGGCCCUGCCCUCACCCCUCCUGACCAGACCCUGUCCAGGUUUUCAGCCACCCUGCGCUGGUGGGUCCUUCAGGCCACUCACUGAGCAAGUGAGGGGCUGAUUGGAGGUUAGAGUGCUGUGUUCGAGUAUGAGACCUGAGAAUAUGUGUGCACAGACUGCCGCGGUGUCCGUGUACAGUUGGGCCUGUCCCUACACGCUAGGAGCUGACUCCGAGUCCUGCUAGAUAGAUGCAGGAGGACAGAGGGAGGUGUGCCCAGGGUCCCUGAUCACUUCUACGAGCGCAUGUUUGUGCGUGUUGUUGGGGGUUCGGGAGUGCCCUUGAUCACCUGUGUGUGUGUCCCGCAAGGUGUGCGCCCGCGGGAGUUGGGGUGCACUGUGCCGCAGCACCCUCGACCAACUCUGUGUGCCCACGCACGCGUGUGUGUCCACGGGUGUGAGUGAGCGGAGGCCUCCACUGCGUCUCUACACCGGCACACCUGCGUGCGUCCCGGGGUCUGCGUCCCGCGGUCCCCGCCUUUCCCGCGAGCGUCCGUGAGAGGAAGGCGCUCGGCGGCCCUGCCCGGCCUUGAGAGUGCGCGCGCGGGGUCCCGGGCCGGGGCGCGCACGGUGUGAGUGUGGGUGCGGGCGACUGUGGCGCCGGGCGGCUCCCUCCGCCCCCUCCGCUCCGCGCCGCCCGCCCGCGCGCUCACCCUGCUUGGCUGCCGCCGGGUGACGCGGGCUGGGCCCGCCCCCUGCCUGCCGGCCUCCCGCACUCACUCGCGCCGGCCGCCGCGGAGCCGGCAGCAGCCGCGUCAGGGCUGUCCGGGGGCGCGGCCGGCGAUGCCCACAGCCCCUGCCGUGCCCUGCCGGGCCUGCUGAGCCGCUCCCGGGCCGAGGUCGCGCCGGGCCGGGGCCGCGCCCGGGCGGGGCGGCGCUGCCUGCAUGACCCUCCGGCGGCGCGGGGAGAAGGCGACCAUCAGCAUCCAGGAGCAUAUGGCCAUCGACGUGUGUCCCGGCCCCAUCCGCCCCAUCAAGCAGAUCUCCGACUACUUCCCCCGCUUCCCGCGGGGCCUCCCCACGGACGCCGCGCUGCGCGCCCCCGCGCCCCCGGACGCCCCCGCACGCCCAGCCGCGGCCAACGCCGGCCCCCGCAGCCCCUCCGACGGCGCCCGCGAAGACGACGAGGAUGUGGACCAGCUCUUCGGCGCCUACGGCUCCAGCCCCGGCCCCAGCCCGGGUCCCAGCCCCGCGCGUCCGCCUGCCAAGCCGCCUGAGGACGAGCCCGACGCCGACGGCUACGAGUCGGACGAUUGCACUGCCCUGGGCACCCUGGACUUCAGUCUGCUGUAUGACCAGGAGAGCAAUGCCCUCCACUGCACCAUCACCAAGGCCAAGGGCCUGAAGCCGAUGGACCACAAUGGGCUGGCAGACCCCUACGUCAAGCUGCACCUGCUGCCCGGAGCCAGUAAGGCAAAUAAGCUCAGAACAAAGACUCUCCGUAACACUCUGAACCCCAUGUGGAACGAGACCCUCACUUACUACGGGAUCACAGACGAAGACAUGAUCCGCAAGACUCUGCGGAUCUCCGUGUGCGACGAGGACAAAUUCCGACACAAUGAGUUCAUCGGGGAGACGCGGGUGCCUCUGAAGAAGCUGAAACCCAACCACACCAAGACGUUCAGCAUCUGCCUGGAGAAGCAGCUGCCGGUGGACAAGACCGAAGACAAGUCCCUGGAGGAGCGGGGCCGUAUCCUCAUCUCUCUCAAGUACAGCUCGCAGAAGCAGGGCCUGCUGGUGGGCAUCGUGCGGUGCGCACACCUGGCUGCCAUGGACGCCAAUGGCUACUCGGACCCCUACGUGAAAACAUACCUGAGGCCAGAUGUGGACAAGAAAUCCAAACAUAAGACAGCAGUAAAGAAAAAAACCCUGAACCCGGAGUUCAAUGAGGAGUUCUGCUAUGAGAUUAAGCAUGGGGACCUGGCCAAGAAGUCCCUGGAGGUCACCGUGUGGGAUUACGACAUUGGGAGAUCCAACGAUUUCAUUGGCGGCGUGGUUCUGGGCAUUAACGCCAAGGGGGAGCGCCUGAAGCACUGGUUCGACUGCCUGAAGAACAAGGACAAGCGCAUUGAGCGCUGGCACACGCUCACCAGCGAGCUCCCGGGGGCCGUGCUCAGCGACUGACGCCUGCCCGCCACCGCCACCCCCCUGCCGCCUGCACCCAGCACGGCUGGCCCCAGGCUUCCCCAGCAGCCACCACAGCCUGUGGCUCCCACGUCGGGGGAGAUCUAGGACCCCUGAUUGGAUGCAGAGCCACUGCAGUCCCCGUGUGGAGGACUUGGAGGGCUCAGCCACUCUGGGAGGGGGAGGGCAGGGAGCUGGGGUGGGGCUCUCAGCCCUCUGGUGCCCGAGAGGCCAGUGGUGGAAGGAGACCUCAGCAUGUGUCCAGGGAGAGGGAACAGGGCCACCUGGGGUAAGGGCCCUUCUAGAGGCCAGGCCAGGCUGAGAGGACUGGAGUGCGGGUCACACUGGGGGGCAGUGGGAACGGAGAAGAAGGGAGGUGGCGAGGAGACAGGCAGGGAGAGGAGGAGACCUGGAAGACCGGCUGCUCCCAGAUGCAGCCCAAGGCUGACUGCAUCCCUCAUCUCUGUCACCUGCUGGGCAGGCAGGAGUGGGCCUGCCAGCCGGAAGUCCACCGGAGUUCCCCAGGCUCCUGAUGAUGGGCAGGCUGAUACAUGCUUCACUCAGUGAUUCCACAGGCACUGGGGGGAAAUGAGACAUAGGGCCUGCCCUCAGGGAGUUCCCAUCGAGUCAGGGAACUGGGAACAAACCAUUCCAACUGUGGCAAGAAAUACCAAGACCAGCCCGGCCGGUCUGCAAGUACUGUGGGCUCUGUCAGGGAAAAGCUGUCCCAGCGGUGGGUGUGGUCACAAAGGCCUGGAGGAGAGAGGAAGCUGAUGGGGUCAUGGAGCUGCGGACCCGGGGCCUCCUCACCGGGCCAGGGUUUAUUGGGAAGGAGUGAGGCUCUAGGCAGGAGGCGGGGAAGUGACGGAAGCACCGUGGAGAAUGCCUGGGGCAGGGUCAACGUCAGACCGCAGACGCACGUCUCCCACUUUGAUCUCCUCCUCCUCCUGAGCGACCUCGAGGACAGCCCACCCCUCCUCCUUCCCUGCGUAAGCAUCAAGUCGACCGCAGUGGAGAAGAGGGUCCCUCGCGCUUGGAAAAAGCAAGAAUUUCUCCACGUCCUCACUCCGCCCUUUCCCCUUUUCUCUUGCUUCCUGGCUCGUGCUGAGUACUGGGGGCCUCCAGGUGGUUGCUCAUGGCAUCUUGGCCCUACCACUGCCACAGAUGUCCCUCUGGGAGUAGCCGGUGGCAGUCCAGGGCCUUGUCUAUGGGGAGGCCUGUGGGGCCGGGUCUCCCCUGCAGGAGCUGAGCAAGAGUCACCCUGCCUGGUGGGCCUGUCUGUUCCCCUAGUUAGGCUCUCCAAGAAGGGCUUGAGAGGAUCUGAAUCUUGGGGCUCAGGCCUGAAGCCAGCAAACUUUGCCUGCCUACCAAGGGGCCCUCAGGAACGCUGGGUGAACAUAUGCGGAGCCAAGGAGUUGCCCAGCUGGAGUCCCAGUGUGUGAUGGAGAGAGGCCCAGAGAGGGCAGGUGACCUGCCCAGGGCCCUCCAGCCCCCACACAGCUGGAACCAGGAUCCAGGGCCCCCAGCCCGGAGUGCUGGACACCACACUUGAGGGGAUCUGGUAUGCUGAGGUCACCCAAGAGAUCCUGCUGGCUGCUAGCCUGGGGCUCACCUGCCUGCUGCCCACCCUUCAGCACUGGUAGCGGGACUCACAGGCACGAGAAUGGGACCUUCCACUGCAGACACAAAGCACACCACCACCCGACGUCCAGGGUCAUGAUCUGAAUUGCACCAAGUGCCCAUCAGCCCUGUCCCAGGUUGCAGAGGAAACGGGAUACCAGCCCCCACACAGUCCCUGGCCACCUGCUGCUCAUGGAGCCUUAUUUCCCCAUCUUUAGGAAGGCUUUAUAUGUGAGGGCUUUGCAUGCAUGUGGCAGAACUCAUCUUCACAGCCCUGCAAGGUGGGUUUGAGUCUUCCUGGUCUUGGGGGUGAAAACAGGUUCCCAGAGUCUGAGCAGUUUGUCAAGGCCAAACAGCCAGGAAGGGGUGAGCCAGGACUCAAACCCACGUCCUCUGACUGCCACUUUCUCACUCUGGGGAUCGGUACUCCCAGUCCCUUCCCUCCUGGUCUGUCAGAGACUCAGUAAGCUCUGGUGCAUGAUAGGGACCUGGGGUCUUGUCACUGUCCUGCCACCUUGUCUGCUGGCUUUGAAACCAUCCAUGCUACUUCAGGCUCCCCCAGAGGUGCCUAACCCGGUCCCAGAAUUCAGCCACCUUACCCCGGCCUCUGCAGGUUGAGGCAAAGGCUCCUCUUUUCUCCAUGCAGCCAGAAUGAAGACCCUUUGGGGGCCUAAGGUAAGGCAGUCCAUAUCUAAAAGGCCUGGUGUCUGGUGAAGCUCUGGGUUAUCUUCUUAGCUUUGCUUUUUUGCGGGGGAUCUCAUUCAGAGAGGAGACUUGACAGCCUGUUUGAAGACACGGAAGUAAUGAAUGGGAAAGGUGGAGGCUGUGAGCCCCACCUGGCAUGGCUUCCUUAACUCGGCGUGUGGGGGUACAGCUGGGACAAGAACCCAGCAGUCCAGGCCCUGUCCUGCCCAGGCUGUGCAAAUGGGGCUGGACCCAAAAGGUGGGGGCAGUCAGGCUGGGAGGUGGGACUCAUUGGCCACCCAGCCCAGGGGCAGCUCUGGGAGGAACCGCCCACCAGGAAGUUUGGAAAUCGUCCUUCCCUAGGCUUCGUUCUCGAUCCCAUGCAGAUUUGCGUUGAGAAGCUGCGGAAACGACUCUGCCUUUGACUCCAAAUGGGCAUCUUUCCUCGGGUACAUCAGCCCCACAAAGACAAGAAAUCUGAUGCCAAAACAAAAGUCAUUCCAAAGUCAGGUGUCAGUAACCAGGCGCCACAUUCAACCCUGCCCUGCCCGCUGCCAGCACUAGGCAAUUCCGAUGGGCCCGUCUUCCAGCCCUGAAGCGGUCACCUCCUGACCUCUAGUGGCGAACGAAGGAACUGCGCCUGUCAGCACUAGCCAGUCCCCAACGGGCCCAACUUCUAUCCCUGAAGCGGUCACCUCCUGACCUCUAGCGACGAGAGAGGGAACUGCGCCCUGCCCGCCGAGCCCGGGCCGUGCAUGCCCUACCCAUGGUUCCUUCGCCAACUAAGUGCACCUCCCGAUGCAUGGACUCUGGCUCUCGUGCGCUGCUUAACACUGUUUUGCUACCAUGUGACGGCUGCAGACACUGUCCUCAAACUGCAGCCCCACAACACAAGUUUUGUACUUUGGUCUGAUCCACCCAAAGGUGUCCUUUUAAAGUCUUAUUUGUUAAUAUUUAUAAUGACAUAUAAUCCAAAGUAAACGGAAACGUCACAUUGCAA